GACCGAGCUGCAGCAGCUCCGAGGAAACAACGCGGCAACACAGCAGGCUUACCGGCCAACUUUCUGUAAUUUUUAACCCAUAUCCGUGCCAAAAGCCUUACACACAAUCAGCGAGGAAACUUAUCAAAGAUGCCGGCCACAGAGAAGGACCUGGCGGAGGACGCUCCGUGGAAGAAGAUCCAGCAGAACACCUUCACCCGCUGGAUCAACGAGCACCUGAAGUGCGUCAACAAGCGGAUCGUGGAUCUGCAGCUGGACCUGGGCGACGGCCUGAGGCUCAUCGCCCUGCUGGAGGUCCUCAGCCACAAGAAGAUGUACAGAAAGUACCAUCCGAGGCCCACCUUCAGGCAGAUGAAGCUGGAAAACGUGUCGGUGGCUCUUGAGUUCCUGGAAAAGGAGAACAUAAAGCUCGUGUCCAUAGACUCUAAAGCCAUUGUAGAUGGGAACCUGAAACUGAUCCUGGGUCUGGUCUGGACUCUGAUCCUACACUACUCCAUCUCCAUGCCAGUCUGGGAAGGCGAGGAUGAAGAGGCAGAGUCAAAGACACCCAAGCAGCGUCUGCUGGGCUGGAUCCAACACAAAGUCCCCGAUCUGCCAAUCACCAACUUCAGCCAGGACUGGAGGGACGGCAAAGCACUGGGAGCACUGGUGGACAGCUGUGCACCAGGCCUGUGUCCAGACUGGGAGACCUGGGAUCCAGUCAGACCAGUGGAGAACGCCACCGAAGCCAUGCAGCUGGCUGAUGACUGGCUGGGCAUCCCGCAGGUGAUCGCUCCAGAGGAAAUCAUCGACCCCAGUGCGGACGAACAGUCGGUGAUGACCUACCUGUCCCAGUUCCCCAAAGCCAAACUGAAGCCCGGAGCUCCACUCAAACCUAAACUCAACCCCAAGAAGGCCCGCGCAUACGGACCGGGUAUCGAGCCCACAGGGAACAGAGUGCUGCGACCUGCUGUCUUCACAGUGGACACAUUCAGCGCGGGUCAGGGGCAGGUCACGGUCUACCUGGAUCAUCCAGACGGCACAAGAGAGGAGCUGAAGGCGGAGCUUAACGAGGGCAAGAAGACGUACUGUGUCACCUACAUUCCUCAGGUCAUGGGACCCCACCAGGUCACUGUGUUGUUUGCGGGCCAAGAGAUUCCCAAAAGUCCCUUUGAGGUGAAUGUGGAUAAAGCGCUUGGAGAUGCUUCCAAAGUCACAGUGAAAGGCCCGGGAGUCGAACCUGUGGGCAACAUCGCCAACAAACCAACUUACUUUGACAUCUACACUGCAGGUGCCGGUACAGGAGACGUGACAGCCAUGAUCAAAGAUCCUCAGGGCCGGCAGAACACUGUGGAGGUGAUGAUGGAGGAUAAAGGCGACAGCGUGUACCGCUGCACUUACCGACCCACGCAGGCUGGACCACACACAAUCACAGUCACCUUCGGAGGCGUUGGAAUCCCAAAGAGCCCCUUCAGUGUGGACGUGGGCCCCGCCUGCAUGCCGGGAGCGUGCAGGGCGACAGGUCGAGGUCUUCAGCCGUCAGGUUUGAGGGUCAAACAGGUCGGUGAUAUCAAGGUGGACACCAGGAACGCUGGCAGUGGAGAACUGAAAGUGACAGUCAAAGGACCGAAGGGCAUCGAGGAGCCAGUGAAGCAGCUCUCCAGUCAGGAUGGGGUGUUCUCCUACGAGUAUCACCCCAGCAGUCCUGGGAAAUACAUAGUCUCCAUCACCUGGGGAGGUCAGCACAUCCCAAAGAGUCCAUUUGAAGUAACAGUUGGUCAGGAGGCGGGGCCUCAGCAGAUCAGGGCCUGGGGUCCAGGUUUGGAAGGAGGCAUUGUGGGUAAACCUGCCACCUUUGUAGUGGAGUCCAUUGGCACUGAUGUGGGAGUGUUAGGUUUUGCCAUCGAGGGACCUUCACAGGCCAAAAUCGAGUGCGAGGACCAAAAUGAUGGGUCAUGUGACGUUCGUUACUGGCCAACAGAACCCGGCGAGUAUGCCGUCCAUGUGACCUGUGAUGAAGAGGACAUCGAACACAGCCCCUUCAUGGCCUACAUCAUCCCUGAUAACAACACUAGCUUCCCAGAUAAGGUCCAGGCUUACGGGCCGGGGCUUGAGAAGAGCGGCUGUGUCGUCAAUCAGCCUGCCGAGUUCACUGUGAACGCUGAGCAUGCUGGGAAAGGACCUCUGAACAUCACAGCUCAGGACGCAGAGGGACUUCCUGUGGAGGUCAAGAUGAGGAGCAAAGGUGAUGGACUGUAUAGCUGCUCCUACACACCCACCUCCCCUCUCAAGCACACCGUGGCCGUGUCCUGGGCGGGAGUCAGCAUCCCCAAAAGCCCCUUCAGGGUGAAUGUGGGUAAAGGCAGCCACCCCAACAUGGUGAAGGUGUUUGGUCCCGGAGUGGAGAGGAGUGGACUGAAGGCCAACGAGCCCACACACUUCACUGUGGACUGUUCAGGAGCUGGAGAUGGUGAUGUCGGCGUUGGGAUUAAGUGUGACGCCAACAUGAUCAGCGACAAAGAGGCUGAUGUGGAUUUUGAUAUCAUUCCCAACGCCAACGACACGUUCACAGUCAAAUACAUCCCUCCUGCUGCUGGAAGACUCACCAUUAAAGUCCUGUUCACUGACAAGGAAGUUCCUCAGAGCCCCUUCAGUGUCAAAGUCGAUCCUUCACAUGAUGCAUCAAAGGUCAAAGCAGAAGGUCCUGGACUGGCUCGCACUGGUGUGGAGAGCGGAAAACCGACUCAUUUCACCGUGUUGACUAAAGGAGCAGGUAAAGCACCGCUAGAUGUUACCUUCUCCUCUCCCGUGAAAGACUUUGACAUCAUCGAUAACUACGACUACUCUCAGACUGUCAAGUACACACCUGCACAACAGGGGGAGAUGACAAUCGUGGUGAAGUUUGGAGGCGACCCCAUUGCCAAGAGCCCCUUCACAGUUGGAGUUGCUGCACCACUGGACCUCAGCAAAGUCACUGUGGAUAACAUGGAUGGAAGAGUGGAGGUCAACCAGGAGCAGCAGUUCAUGGUGGACACAAAGGGUGCCGGAGGUCAAGGUCACCUGGUGGUAGAACUGCUGAGUCCCAGUCAGCAGGCAGUACCUUGUAAAGUUGAGCCUCAGCCCGGUAAAGCAGAUGUCAGUUUGGUCCGUUACACCCCCACAGAGGAGGGGGUGUAUGCUGUUAACGUGUCCUACGAUGGACACCCCAUUCCCGGAAGCCCCUUUCCUGUGGAGGCCCACCUGCCUCCAGACCCCAGCAAGGUGAAAGCCUUCGGUCCUGGGCUGAAGGGAGGCUUAGUGGGGAACCCGGCUGAGUUCACAAUCGACACCAAAGGUGCCGGCACUGGAGGUCUGGGGCUGACGGUGGAGGGGCCGACCGAGGCCAAGAUCGAAUGUUCAGAUAACGGCGAUGGGACCUGCUCAGUCUCCUACCUGCCCACCGAGCCUGGAGACUACCUGGUUAACAUCCUGUUUGAGAAUGUCCACAUCCCCGGUUCGCCAUUCAGAGCUGACAUCCAGAUGCCCUUUGACCCCUCCAAGGUGGUUGCCUCAGGAUCGGGCCUGAAGAGAGCCAAGGUUGGGGAAACCAGUGUUGUAAAUGUGGACUGCUCUCAAGCUGGACCGGGUGAACUCAGCCUGGAGGCUGCGCUAGAUUCACCCCCAAGCAGCCCUACUGGUUCAGGCCUGGGCUCAGGUGCAAAAGCGAAGACUGAGAUUGUGGAUAACAAAGACGGGACCUACACGGUGACCUACAUCCCUCUGACUUCUGGCAUGUACACCCUGCUGCUGAAGUAUGGAGGAAAGACCGUCCCUGGUUUCCCUGCUAAGGUGAUGGCGGACCCUGCUGUGGACACCUCCAAAGUCAAAGUGUUUGGACCUGGAGUGGAGGGACAAGCUGUUUUCAGAGAAGCCACCACAGAGUUCACAGUUGAUGCUCAUUCUCUGACCCGGCGAGGUGGAGACCACAUAAAGGCGGCGGUCAAGAACCCGUCUGGAGCUCUGACAGACUGUGUGGUUACAGACAAGGCCGAUGGCACCUACAGUGUCGAGUACACUCCUUUUGAAAAUGGUGUCCACAGCGUCCAGGUUCUGUAUGAUGACACUCCAGUUCCCAAUAGCCCAUUCAAGGUUUCUGUGUCAGAGGGAUGUGACCCGAGCAGGGUGGUGGCUACUGGCCCCGGGCUGGAACAAGGCCUGACUGACCAGCCCAACAACUUCAACAUCUUCACCAGAGGGGCAGGUAUUGGUGGCCUUGGCAUCACUGUGGAGGGUCCAUCAGAGUCUAAGAUGUCUUGCACAGACAACAAAGAUGGCAGCUGCAGUGUGGAGUACAUUCCCUUCACACCAGGAAACUACGACAUCAACAUCACCUAUGGAGGAGAACACAUCCCUGGGAGUCCAUUUAAGGUCCCAGUUAAGGAUGUGGUGGACUCUAGUAAGGUCAAGGUUUCUGGUCCUGGAGUGGCGUCAGGAGUCAGGGCCAAUAUCCCGCAAUCCUUCACAGUGGACUGCAGGAAGGCCGGCGUGGCGCCCCUGGCUGUGGCAGUCACUGCUCCCAAAGGCAUUGCAGAGCCUGUGGAAUUGACUGAUAACGGAGACGGGACUCACACAGUGUCCUACACGCCGUCUGUGGAGGGACCGUACUCGGUGGCUGUAAAAUAUGCUAAGGAGGACGUCCCACACAGUCCCUUCAAGUUUCGGGUUCUGCCCACUCAUGAUGCCAGCAAAGUACGAGCCAGCGGCCCCGGGCUGACCAGCGGCGUCCCCGCCAGCUUCCCCGUUGAGUUCAAUAUCGACGCUAAAGAUGCUGGCCAAGGCCAACUGAGCGUGCUCAUCACGGACCAGGAUGGUAAACCUAAGCAGCCCACGAUCCAUGACAACGGUGAUGGUACAUACCGGGUAUCAUACGUCCCUGACCGUGCUGGCCGGUACACCAUCGUUAUAAAAUAUGGUGGCGAUGACAUCCCAGCAUCACCUUACAGAGUCCGUGCUACAGCAACUGGUGAUGCCAGCAAGUGCACCGUGAGCGGUUCAGGCGUGGGUCCCACUGUGGCCAUUGGUGAGGAGCUGGGUCUGGUAGUGAAUGCAAAGGGUGCUGGUAAAGGGAAAGUGAGCUGUGUGGUGGUUCAGCCCGAUGGCACAGAGGUGGAGGCUGAGGUGCUGGAGAAUGAAGAUGGCACCUUUGACAUCUUCUACACUGCGCCAGCUCCUGGGAACUACGUCAUCUACGUCCGCUUUGGAGGGGAAAACAUCCCACGCAGUCCCUUCAAAGUCACGGCUACUGAUGAGGUACCCAUGAUGAAAGGGCAGACAUCUCUACAGCAACGGGCCGCUCCCCCUGGGGCUGGCUUCAAGCCAUGGGUGAAGUCUGAAAGCUACCAGCCAGAUGGUACGAGCGUUAACGGCAGUGGCUUCAGACCUUUCGACAUGGUGAUUCCGUUCGCAUUCAGGAAGGGAGAAAUCACUGGUGAGGUGUUGAUGCCUUCAGGUAAAUCUGCUCAGCCUCUAAUCACAGACAACCUGGAUGGGACGGUCACAGUGCAGUACUCUCCUACUGAGGCGGGUCUGCACGAGAUGCACAUCAAAUACAACGGCACACACAUCCCAGAAUCUCCCCUUCAGUUCUAUGUGAAUCACGCCAGCAGUCCCAACGUCACAGCUUACGGUCCUGGUCUGAGUUAUGGUGUCGCCAACAAGUUGGCUACCUUCACAGUCUUCACAGAGGACGCCUCCGAAGGAGGUCUUGACCUGGCUAUCGAGGGUCCGUCCAAAGCAGAGAUCAGCUGUGUGGACAAUAAAGAUGGGACCUGCACUGUCAGCUACCUGCCCACGCUGCCAGGAGACUACAACAUCCUGGUCAAAUACAAUGACGAGCACAUCGCUGGCAGCCCGUUCACCGCCAGGAUUACCGAGGACAACCAGCGGCGCUCUCAGGUCAAACUGGGCUCGGCUGCAGAUUUCUCUCUGGACAUCAAUGAGACGGACCUCAGCCUGCUCAGCGCCAGCAUCAGGUCGCCCUCUGGACGUGACGAGCCCUGCUUGCUGAAGAGGAUGGCCAACAACCACAUCGGUAUCUCCUUCGUCCCCCGGGAAGUGGGCGAGCACCAGGUCAGCAUCCUGAAGAAUGGUCGUCAUGUCGCCAACAGUCCCAUCACCAUCAUGGUCGUCCAGUCUGAGAUUGGCGAUGCCAGUCGAGUCAAAGCUCACGGUGAUGGCCUCGUCCAGGGAACCACCUUCAACAACUCAAGCUUUAUAGUCGACACGCGGGAGGCAGGUUAUGGCGGUCUGGCUCUGUCCAUUGAAGGUCCCAGUAAAGUAGACAUCCAAACGGAGGACGUGGAGGACGGGACCUGUAGAGUCACUUACUGUCCGACUGAACCUGGAAACUACAUCGUCUCAAUCCGCUUCGCUGAGGAGCACGUGCCAGGAAGUCCGUUCACAGUGAGGGUGACGGGUGAGGGUCGUAUUCGGGAGAGCAUCACCAGACGACAGAAGGCGGCGUCUGUCGCCAGUGUCGGGAGUGUGUGCGACCUCAGCCUGAAGAUACCAGCGAUCGACAUGCAGGAUGUCACUGCUGAGGUCACCUCCCCCUCUGGAGCCAGUCAGCCAGCAGAGCUCGUGGCCACGGGUAACGACGCCUACUGUGUGCGUUUCGUGCCCACUGAGAUGGGCGUGCACAGCGUGAGUGUCAAGUACAGGGGCGUGCACGUGCCGGGCAGCCCCUUCCAGUUCACUGUGGGGCCACUGGGUGAGGGCGGGCCUGGCAAGGUGAGGGCCGGAGGUCCAGGACUGGAGGGAGCACUGGCAGGAGAGCCAGCUGAAUUCACGAUCUGGACGAGAGAGGCAGGAGCUGGUGGUCUGUCGGUUGCCGUGGAGGGACCCAGCAGGGCUGAGAUCUCCUUCGAUGACCGCAAGGACGGAUCCUGCGGCAUUUCUUACGUCGCUCAGGAGCCUGGUGAUUAUGAGGUUUCGGUGAAGUUUAACGACCAGCACAUACCCGACAGCCCCUACCUGGUUCCUGUUGUCGCUCCAGUGAACGACGCCCGUCGCCUCUCUGUUGCGGGCCUUCAGGAGUCUGGUCUGAAGGUGAAUCACCCAGCAUCCUUUGCGGUGCGUCUAAAUGGAGCCAAAGGCAAGAUGGAUGCCAAAGUCCACAGUCCCUCUGGAGCUCUGGAGAAGUGUGUCGUCACAGAGCUGGAAAGAGACAAGUACGCUAUCCGGUUCAUCCCCAGGGAGAAUGGCGUCCACACCAUUGAUGUCAAAUUCAAUGGCUCUCACAUCCCGGGAAGUCCUUUCCAGGUCCGAGUCGGGGAACCAGGACAGACCGGAGAGCCUGGUUUGGUUUCAGCAUACGGAUCAGGACUGGAGAGAGGAACAACAGGUACCCAGUCAGAGUUCAUCAUUAACAACACUAAGGCAGGCCCCGGGUCCUUGGCUGUGACCAUCGAGGGCCCGUCAAAAGUAAAGAUGGACUGUCAGGAGGUUCCCGAAGGCUACAAGGUGCAGUACACUCCCAUGGCACCUGGAAACUACCUGAUCAGCAUUAAAUACGGAGGCCCAAACCACAUCACUGGGAGUCCCUUCAAGGCCAAAGUCACAGGUCCUCGCCUUGUGAAUGUAACAAACGCCAGCGAGACAUCAACCCUGACACUGGAUCCGGCAAUUCGGGCAUCCAGCAGCUUCACGCAGAGCGCCAUGCCCAGGCUGGGUGACUCCGAUGCUAGCAAGGUGGUGAGCCGAGGAGCUGGCCUGAGCAAGGCCUUUGUGGGCCAGAGGAGCAACUUCACUGUCGAUUGCAGCAAAGCAGGUAAGAACAUGCUUCUAGUGGGUGUGCACGGCCCACAGGUCCCCUGUGAUGAGGUGCUGGUCAAACACAUGGGCAACCUGCAGUACAACGUCAGCUACGUGCUGAAGGAACGGGGCAACUACAUCCUGGUGGUCAAGUGGGGUGAGGACCACAUCCCGGGCUCCCCCUUCCACGUCACCGUCCCCUGAUGAGACAAGAAAGCUUCCGUCUCUCCUCCUGCACCAUUUUGCAUCCCCGUUUGAGUUAAAAGACACAUUAGCUGCACUACAAAUAACUGUCCAGUGAACAAGCUGCUGAGCAACGCUUUCUCUGCUAACUUUGUUUUCAGCUCAAAUCAGAUGAUUUUUGAAGAUUUUCUGAAGCAACUCAUUUACAUUUUGAAAUGUUUCUCCUUGAUAUAGAAAAAUGUCAGAAUUAAAGAAAACAUUAGAGAAAAUAACUGCACCACUGAAUAGACUUUGAACUCUUAGACAUUUUUCUGGUAGUGAAUCAUUGAAGCGAAAUGGUAGAUGUACUCUAGUUUACUAGAUUGAACUGACUGAAGGUAAAAGAUCUAAAAUCUGUCGAUUUAAAACUGCCCUGCAAUUUUCAAUUGGCUCAUUUUGCACUUGAAUUUUUAUCCUAGAUUCGUGAAUUAACAUUUGCUGGUUUUACACAGGUAGUUCAUGCACCUGCACAUCAGUUGAUAUUGAACUGAAUAUGUUAAGUUUGAAGUGAAACAAGUAGAUCCGAAGCUUUUAAAUACCUAUGUGCAAAAAUAUAUAUGCAUAACUGGAAUUUCACCGGACAAAACUCAGAACUGUAGAGACACUUGACAUGAGGUUUCCUAAUAGUUUAAAUGCACGAUGUAGAGAAUAUGCUGCUGGUUUAGCUGGGAACCGGGCGGUUAUCACCAGAUCUGUGCAGAACGUUUCCUCAACAAAAUUACUGAACCACUGUGAUGGGGGGAAAAAAAAGUGAUCAUCUCAAACAAACAUCUCAAAAAAGGAGAACUGGAUUUGUCUUUGAGUUGUUUUUUUUGUUUGUUUGUUUUUUUUUGUCCAUGUCAUUAGUUUGUCUUGGAGUAAAUUAAACUGUCAAACUGUACGCCAACUACUGAUGUUUAAUGUUUCUAGCGCCUAAACUAUCUGCCAGAGUCCCGCCUGUACUAAAGGUUGCCAUAACGAGUCAAUGAUUGUUUAAGCUGCCUUCACACUACUGUUUCCUGCACUGUUCGACAGACUACUUAAUUAUGUGCUGGAAUUUAGAUGUCCUCCUGUCUUCUCUCUUGUUUCUUCUUGUAUUUUCAUAUGAGCAGAUCUGACUCAGUUCUGAUUGAAAACAUUUUAAAGCAGAUCUAAGAUGAAAAAUUAAAGGUCAGAACUUUAGUUUGUGUGUAAAUCUGAAAAUCUACAUGAAUUUAAUGUUGCCUUAUCACUGCUACUUUUGAUACUUAAGAGAUGAAAGUUGUGGGGUUUUUUGUUGUUUUUGUAUGUGGGGUCUAAGGGGAAACUUCUCAUUUUGUAUUGGGGAAUUGGUGAUUUAAUGUGAAACUAAACCCUGAGAGAUGAUGUACAUUUGAUAAUUAAAAUAAAGAACAGUUA